AUGGCGGACCCGGCGGAGCUUGGCAGUGUGGUGCAAAAUGGCGGUUCCCUCCAUGGAGGCCUGUGGUUGCUGUGGAAACUCCACAGGAGCAUGGCAGCUGGGAGGGUGGUGGGCAGACCGGAUAAUAAGAGCCCCUCUGUUGCAAUUAAAAGCAGACAACAGGCUACUCAUGAUGCUAAUAAACGACGAACCCUUUUGCAAGAUAACAGCUGGAUAAAGAAGAGGCCUGAAGAGGAAAGUGCUGAUGAAAACUAUGGAAGGGCUGUGCUUAAUCAAUACAAAUCCCAAGAGAGCCUACACAGCAGUAGCACAAAUGAAAAGGAAGAUCAGAAAGCUGUACUUGGACGAUACAGGUCUGAUACUACCUUGGACAGGAAUGAAGAUCUCAACAACCUCAUCAAAGUGAAUCCAAGUUCUUUCACAAGUAACAAGGAAGAUGAGGACCUUGGUGAUCAUACUUCAGUAAAGUCUGCUGAUGACCUAAGUAAAAAGCGGAUAACUGAGCAAGCAUAUGAAAAUCCUCCAAGGGCUGCAAUUAAUCUCCCAGAAAAAAAAUAUUCCAGUGACAGUAAAAGAAAAACCAGCAAAUCAUCAUAUCGUGCCUAUGAAGAAAAUAUAACUGGAAAUACCAUCAAAACUGUUUACUCUACUUCUGAUCGGAGUAUAAUUGGAAAAGAUAUAUGUACAUACUGCAGGAAGCCCUUGGGCAUAGAUGCCAAAAUGAUCUUAGAUGCCUUGCAAAUUUGCUGUCAUUCGACUUGCUUCAAGUGUGAAGUAUGUAAAAGACCACUGGAAGAUCUGAAAGCAGGAGACAGCAUUUGGAUUUACAGACAAACUGUGCAUUGUGAGCCUUGCUAUUCCAAAGUUAAAG